GUGCGUCUUGAAAGUACUAUUUUCUGAGCCUUUAACGUGAGAUCCUCCUCACGUGCUGGCUUGAAACGGCGGGAAAAUCGCUUGAGUACGAACUGACGUACAAACGGACCCCAGCAGUUUUAUGGUCUCUUAAUAGUUUUCUCAAAUUAGUUACAGUUUGAGAAUAAUCGGUUAAAGUAAUUACAUUUUGCGUUGAUUUAUGUGCAUUAAAUGCUUUUGUGGCGAGUUAAGAGUGAGAUCGUCUGGUAAGUGAUUCUCUGGAGAUUCUUACACAUGAGAUAGAUAACUGUGAGUCUGUUUUGGAAAAAUAAAAUAUUGUUUUAGUUUGAGAAUGAAACAUUUUAUUAUUGAUGGCGUCAUUAUUAAUGUGGUGGAGGAUGCAAAUUAGUGAAAUAUAAUUUACAGUUAAUAAGUUGACAAAUAUCACGAGAAUAAACUCUGCAACUGAUUUAUUGUUUUUGUAUUCUGAACAAUACCAGGUGAAGAUUUGCGAUUUAAGUGAAUAAUUUGGAAAAGGCUAUUAUCAAAUAUUCAUAAAUCGGGACAAUGGCCGCAUCAGGGAGGAAACAGAACAAGAAGAUCAAACACACAGACAGCUCUGCAGACUUGAAGACUUUUGACUUCAGCACAGAUGAGAAGAAAGAGCUGAGCGGAUCUGACGACGAUACACGAGAUGAAACUCCCAUCAUUGACAAGGUGGCCAAGAAACGAUCGGCAGAUACGUUUGAUAAUGAUGACCUGAAUGUAGGUGUGGGGAAUGAGGUUCAAACAAUGCUGGAAAGAUUUGGUGCGGACAUCAACAAAGCCAUGCAGACCAAAAGGAAACGCUUGGAGGUUCUUACCAAAAAUUCUUUAAAGGGCACGACACAGAAAAUGGAGCAAAUGUGGAAAACCCAGCAGAAUCAGAGGCAGAAGCUGACACAAGAGUAUUCUCAGCAGGUCCUCUGUGUGCUUCAGCAGUGGGAGACUGAUGUUCAGAAAUCAGAAGAACAAGAGGAAAAGCUGAAUAAUUUGUUUCGCCAGCAGCAGAAGCUCUUCCAGCAGGCAAGAGUUGUGCAAAACCAAAAAAUGAAAACCAUCAAAGAGCUUUAUGAGCAGUUUGUCAAGAACAUGGAGGAGAUGGAGAAAAGCCAUGAAACUUUCCUGCAAGGCACCCAGAUGGAGCUUAAAAAGGAGAUGGCCCUGCUGCAGAAAAAGAUAAUGAUGGACACACAGCAACAGGAGAUGGCCACUGUUCGGAAGUCCCUUCAAUCCAUGCUGUUUUGAAAAUGUUUAGAUGUUACAUAGCUAUCAUACAUAAGACUUCACCUUGUGUUAAAAGUUGAAUUUUAAAGGAAGGUUUCUUUUAGUUAAUAUGGUUUUAUAUGUUAUCUCUGUAUUUAUUUUCUUUUGUACCAGUUUGGUCAUUUUAAUCCAUAGUUUGCUGUGUGAUAUGAAAUGGUUAAAUUUCUGAUUAGUUCUUAAUUCACAGUGUCAGGCAAAAUGCAAAGAUGUCAUGUCAAGUAUAUAUGUAAAGCUUUUUUAUUUCCCAUGGUCUAAGAGUAAAAAUAAUAUAUAUGGUCUGUAGGUCUAUAAUAGAAUUCAUUAAAUUUUAAAACAAACAUUAAAAUGUAUUCAUUAACAUUUUCAUUUAUUAUUUUUAAUUGUUAAGUGUGAUUUAAAAAAA